AUGAUUUCAGAGCUGGCUGUUGGUAAUAUUGUGAGACGUGUUCUACAUUUCAUACGAGAAGAAGAUCUUUCUCUCACUACGGCUGCUGUUGGCGGGUUAAGUUUGUCAGCCGAAAGUGACAAUGAAGAUGAUGUGGAUCAAGACGAUCAUCCAGCUCUUUCGGCUGCUGCUGUAGCUGCUGCUGCAAGAAACACCCUGAGACCACCUUCUUUGCAAACUCUCCUUGAAGACAUGCCUCACUUAACAGCUGUGCCUCAGACAUCUUCUUCUGGUGGUGAUUCUGAAGGAAAAAGCAAAUCUGCUGAUAAGAAUUUGAUGACUCGGAAGCUCAAGCAUAAUGUCAUCGAGGCAGUUAAUGAGCUCAUUCAAGACAUUUCUACUUGCCAUGAACUGAUUGCUGAACAAGCAAAGCGGCAAAAGCUGCAGCUUCAUCCGGAUCCGGCGACCGGUGAACCAGCAGGGCCCGUACUCGAAAUCCGUGCAGAAGCUGCUGCCUCUCCUAUUUUCGUCUUCGAUCUGCAGAAGGUGAACGUCGGCUGCCGGUUUAGACCAUUGCAGUUGCUAGUGCUGGUGAUGUUCUUGUUCUCAAUUUCGUUGGUUCCAGUGGCUGAUCGGCUUGGUGUGGUCGGCAGUGGCCAUUGCAGUGAGGUUAUCUUGACUUUAGGCAGCUCGAGAACAGUGACGGAAUUCCUAUGCGCUGCGAAGGAGAAAAAGAGAUCAUUCCGAGUUUUUGUUGCCGAGGGAGCUCAAAGAUAUCAGGGACAUGCUCUUGCAAAAGGACUGGCUGCAAGGGGACUACUGACCACAGUUAUUACUGAUUCUGCAGUUUUUGCAAUGAUUUCCCGAGUCAACAUGGUUAUAGUUGGAGCUCAUGCUGUCAUGGCCAAUGGUGGGGUUAUAGCUCCAGUGGGGUUGAAUAUGGUGGCCCUACCAGCUCAAAGGCAUGCUGUCCCUUUUGUUGUACUCGCUGGGGUUCACAAGCUGUGUCCUCUGUACCCGCAUAACCCAGAGGUCUUACUGAAUGAGCUGAAGUCCCCAUCUGAGCUGCUGGACUUUGGAGAAUUUUCAGGUUGUUUGGAUUUUGGAUGUGGCUCUGGUUCACCUCUUCUUCAUGUUGUCAAUCCUGCAUUUGAUUAUGUGCUACCGAAUCUUGUUAGCUUAUUCAUUACUGACACAGGUGGGCACAAUCCUUCAUACAUGUACCGACUCCUUGCUGAUUAUUACUCUGCUGAUGAUUUAGUAGUGCGACGGAGAACGACCUCUUGA